AUGUUUCAAUAUAUUCCUUCAAAUCAAUCACGUUUUUGUCUCCCUUCUUUUGAACAAAAUGCUCGAAUAUCGCCAUGCGGUUUGCACACACUUAUCGGAGUUUCACUAUUGGCUUAUCCGAUUUUGCUUGGAACCAUAAGGUGGGCCCUAUCGAAACAACCAUCGAGUUGCGGCAAGUAUUCAUCCACAGAUGACGAAGACGGUGAUAUUGAUCAUUCUCGUCAAGGAAACAAUGAUUAUCCAGAAUCACUGCACAAAUUCGUGAUAGCCACACAGUACCUAGUUGGGUUUGUAACUUUCUUUAACGUUUCAUACAUAAUGUUCGCAUAUGCCGAGGAAAGGCGCGUCGAAACGGUCAUCCCUUCCUAUAUCAUUACCUCCACUAUAUUUCAUUCGAUUUCUUGGAUUAUAAAUUGUGGUUUCGUCAUUUUUGAGAGAAAUGUUCAUCGGCAUUGGAGCUAUUUUACCCAAGGAUUUUGGUACUGGGCCUUUCUCCUCGCCAACUUUGAAUUGUAUAAUCGGCUUGUUUAUAUUUCCAACCCAGAUCACGAAGAUGGGGACGGCAAUUGGUCACAAAGUUGGAUGAUGUUGUCAUUUUACCUUCUGGGAUACGUGUGCAAUUUUAUGCUUGUCAUAUGCGCGGCUACUCUGACGUUUCUAUGGAGACGAUCUCACGAAGCUCGAGGUUACGUAGGUGUCAAUUUUCAGGUUGGCAGUGACCACGAGAAUUCAGAAACCCCUGAAGUAGAUCCGCUUGAUGCCCCCGAUGUCGAGUCGCAAUCCACACCCUUUUCAAUGGCUGAUGAUCCCAAAUAUGCACCGCCUCGUACCUUCAGUGAUUUCUUGUCCAAAUGUAAAAAGUUGCUACCAUUUGUGUGGCCUGCUCACGAUAUAAAAUUGCAAAUCGCGAUCGUAAUCUGCAUGCUACUCUUGCUUCUGGGACGUGUGGUCAACGUUCUUCUUCCUUAUCAAUACAAGGUGCUCGUGGAACGUUUGUCUUCAGGUGAAGUGGUCUGGAAGGAAAUCUUAUUCUUUGUGGGAUUAAGGUGGUUGCAAGGAGACGUGGGAGUUGUGAGCACUAUCCAAGGUGUGAUAUGGAUACCUGUUGGUCAGUUUACGACACGAGAGAUUUCAGUAAAAAUGCUUGAGCAUUUACUGAACUUGUCGUUACGAUUUCACCUCAAUCGUAAGACUGGAGAGAUAUUACGUGUCCAAGAUCGUGGUGUCUCCUCUAUUGUCUCCAUCCUCUCAUCCAUUCUAUUCGAUAUCAUCCCAACCCUCGUUGAUGUCGUUAUCGCGGUGAUUUAUUUCACAAUGGCGUUUGACAUAUUCUUCGGGUUAAUUGUGUUUAUCACCAUGUCCUUGUACAUAAUUAACACCAUCAUUAUGACCGAUUGGAGGACCAAGUACAGGAGGUUAUCGAAUUUGUUAGAUAACGCCAUGGAGGCAAAAGCAGUUGACUCGCUGUUGAAUUAUGAGACUGUCAAGUUGUAUGCUGCCGAAAAUUUUGAAGUUGGUCAAUACACACGUGCAAUCCUGGAUUACCAAUUGGCCGAUCAAAAAUCCAACCUUACCAUGUAUAUCCUUAACACCACGCAGAACUUGAUAAUUCAAAUUGGACUUCUGACUGGAAGCAUAUUAUGUGCAACCCGAGUAUCAAAGGGAGAAAUGACAGUCGGGGAUUUCGUCAUGUAUCUAACUUACAUACUUCAGUUAUAUGGAUCUCUUAACUGGUUUGGAAAUUAUUAUCGAGUUAUUCAAAAGAAUUUUGUGGACAUGGAGAAAAUGCUUGACCUCCUGCAAGAAUCUCCCGAGAUCAAAGACCUACCUCAGGCUGCACCUCUAACAAUGCAAAAAGGAGAAGUCAUCUUUGACAAUGUAUCUUUUAGUUACGAUACCAAUAUUCCCACAUUAAGGAAUGUAUCAUUCACCAUCCCGAGUGGAUCAACGGUUGCCCUGGUGGGACCAUCGGGUGGCGGCAAAUCAACGAUCAUGCGCCUUCUGUUUCGAUUUUACGACGUCCAAAAAGGCCGUAUCCUCGUAGACGGUCAAGAUAUUCGCCAUAUUAAACAACAUGAUCUGAGAAGUUGCAUCGGAAUUGUUCCUCAGGAAACCGUUUUAUUCAAUGAUACAAUAAAAUAUAAUAUUCGGUACGGUAAAAUUGGGGCCAACGAUCAAAUGGUUGAAGAGGCCGCUAAGGCCGCUCAGAUUCAUGAUAAAAUUUUGGGCUUUACCGAAGGGUAUGAGACAAAGGUUGGCGAGAGGGGUCUAAGACUGAGCGGUGGCGAAAAACAGAGAGUUGCUAUUGCAAGAACUCUUUUAAAGAAUCCACAAAUUGUUCUUCUUGAUGAAGCUACCUCUGCACUCGAUACUCGUACUGAGCGACAUAUUCAAAAAUCCCUUCGUAGGAUGACGGUCAAUCGAACGACCUUGAUUAUAGCGCAUCGUCUUUCAACCAUUGUUCAUGCCGAUCAAAUUCUUGUUUUGCAAGAUGGUGAAAUUGUCGAAAGAGGAUCGCAUGUAGAACUGUUACAAAAGAAAGGAGAGUAUUAUAAGCUAUGGAACAAGCAACUAAAGCAUCAUGAAAAGAUGAAAAAAGAGAUAGAAAUUUCAGAGAGUAUAGAUGCUUCGACUGAAGAUAUUGUGCCGACUGCGGACACUGUUUCGACUACAGGCACUGUUCCGAUUGACUCCGAGACUCCCGUUGUUACUGUUGAACAAUUUACUAGCGUAGAAGAAUCUGUGCCUGAUUCGAAUGUCGAAGUGUGCGAGCAUGAGUUUGUUGAGGAAGAGGGCGCUGAUGGAGAUGACGAACGACAAACGACGACUGCAUGUGAAAGCAGUGACGAUGAAGGCGAGGAUGCACGUCCAAAUCAAUCUUAG